GCUUUGAAAUAUGGGUAACAAUAGUAAUGAUAAUAACAGUCACUUCUCUUCUCUUGACUAUUAUGAAAUCAAAAAACGGAUAUUUCUCGAUGGACUUAAUAUUCGAAAACUAUGUUAAGGUUUGGGGAAUUUAUUGCCAGCAGGGUUUGCCAGAAUUUCCCAGAGAGUUACCGAUGCAGUUGGCUUCUUUCUCGAUUUACAUCUCGUCGAUAGUAACUCUGGCCACUUAUUCCGCCUCGUUGAUCAGGUUUCUGGCGCUCAAUUUCCCCAAACUGCCUUUUUCCACUCUGGAGGAUUUCGUUAAUGACGGAAAUUACAAAUUAAUCACUGUGCAAAAUAGCUCCGGGAGCGAGGUUCCUAGUAAUGUCAAAGACCCAGUAUUUCUGAAAAUGUACGAAUUGCUGGAAGAAAAGAAGUAUUUACCGGCAUCAGCGAGGGAGGGUUUCGAGCAAAUCUGCCAGCGGAAGAAUUUGGCAUUUUACAUGUCGGAGGUGAUCAGAGAGUCCAUGGACAUGUAUAUACAGUGUAACAUCGUAUACAUUGAUACCGGGAGAAUCCAAAAUAUAGCGUUAAUGUUAUCAAAAGGAAAUCCUUAUAUUGGCUUUAUAAAUUAUCACUUACAGCGAUUUCAGACUAAUGGUGUUAUGAACAAGUUGCGGAACAAGUAUCUCCCAAAAAAAUCUCCGAAUAAGAUGACUUAUAGUACAAUUGAUAUGAACAAUGUAACGCCGGUUUUGACGAUAAUGGUGGGCAGUAUGUUUCUGGCACUAUUUAUCUUGAUAAUUGAGAAAAUGUAUUAUUCGUUUAAAACUUUAUUUAAGAAAAACAAAUUGUCUGUUGAAAAAUUAAGUCAUAAUCUUGGCGUGAAGAAUAAAUUGCAAAAGAAAAACGACGAGAGAAAUUUACAGCUUUAAGUAUUUUUUAAUGGAUCGAUUGAUUAUUGGCUAUAAUAAAUAAAAUAAUCGCUACAGGGAUCUU